UCAAGCACCACCCUUCAGUUGUCCUCUUCCAGAAGGGAAGCUUUUCUUCAGGAAAACACAUGAUUUGAUAAAGAACUUUACAACAUUUUCAGAGUGCACAAGGGCUGGCAUGUUUCUUGGGAACUUGGCAGACUGUGAUAGUGUCCACUUAAAGUUUUACACACAUGGAUAUUUACAACUUCUCUGCACCUCUUUUACCUUUGAAAUUCCUAUUGGGCUCAUCUCAGUUAACUUGCCCAAAUUAGCAAGUUUAUACUCUUCAUUCUUCCUGUACUCUUUAUUUUCCUCUCUGCAAAAACUAUGCUGCUUCAAACUUUAUUGAGUCUAGCAAAACCAGCUAGAUCCUUCUGGCACUAAUCACAGAAUGAGUUUGGAAGGCACCUCUGGGGGUCCUGCUGUCUAACCCCCUGCUGCAGCAGAGCCACUUGGAGCUGACUGCCCAUGACUGUGUCCAGAUGGCUUUUGCAGAUCUCCAGUGGGGAAGACUCGACAAACUCUCUGGGCAACUCACAGAAAAAAAGGUUUCCUGAAGUUCAGUCUGUGCCCACUGCCUCUGGUCUGAUCUCUAGGCACUACCAUGGAAAAAUAUAUAAAAGCAGGUCAGAUUUUUACCAUAAUUAGCAAAAAUAUAGAAGCAGCCCCACAGUAGUUAAAAAAUAUCAAUAUUAAUAAUUUUAAUCUGACUUCCUAAAGAAAUGGAUGUUGGUCACUCACAUUAUCUGUUCUUUCUUAUUUUCUUUUGAAUCUGUCAGUGAUUUUCACCAUAUUUAGAGCCCAGUGCACAGCUUCAAAGUGAAAACUUAAAAGUGUUUAAUCCUUUGAAUUUAAAAAAAUCUGGAGAGGGACAGAGAGGCUCAGAUUAAUGAUUCAUUAGGACAAAUGACAAGUAGAAUAUGGUUCUUUUAUCUCCUUGCUCUUUUGGCAGUAACUAACUGCUGGUAUAUCACAGUACCCAGACCUCCGAAUCAAUCACCGACUGCCAUUUCUUGCCUUGUAAAUGGAUUUACUACAGUGUUAGCACAGGCAAAGGCCAGGCUUCAUUAGUUCUGCCACCCAUGGCUCAGACUCUCUUUUUGUUGCAGUAUUUACUUCUCAGUAUACAAUUAAAGUGCAUUUACCUUAAUCUAAGACACUUCUGUCACAAGGUAAUGAGUUUUGGUCCGCAUAUACUAGUUUGCACAGUGCUAAAUGGUGCAAAAGUGUGCAUAGACAAAGCUAUAGUAAAUACAUGCAAAAAUACCAGUCCUCUGCAACAAAAUACAGAGGAUCAUAACAUGUUUGAUCAAACAUGUUUGCAUAUAGAAACAGUCUGUCCACUCUAGGAGCUUGUAUUUAUUGGUCAGGUAAGAAGGUGUUGGGCUGUCUCUCACAGCACAUGUAAUUAAUCAAGAAAUAACAGAUUUUUCGGCUACUUUUUAAGAUGGAAGGAUGCAGAAGAAAAUGAGAAGUUGUCUCCUUGCCCCUUUCAUGCUAAUUAAUGCAUUCAGAAGCUGUACUGAAAGGAAUUUAAACUCGUGAUAGUCAUAAGAGGACAGAUCAAAGGAGAAAAAAACAGACCAAGUCAAAGAAAGCUGCAUAUGCCUUCAGUUAACAGACAGAAUACAGGUCUGAAGGAGGUUUGAGGACCAACCUCACAAAAUGCCCAGAAGAAAUAACCACCUGGAUGGCAACUACUUCAGAGGGAAAGGACACAUCCAUAUUGCAGCAGAAGAAGCUCUGGGUAUUGGACUUUUUAUUUUGGUGCUGGCAAUUUUACUUAUCUUUGGCUGCUGGUAUUACAAAAGACGUAGUGGCUACAAAAGUCUGCGGAGCAAAAGCUCUAGUGUGAGCACAAUACGAAAUGUGGUAGGUGAGAGAGAAAUACUGGACUGCAAAAUGGCUCUGCAGGACUACAGAGACUUUAAUUCUGUGGUACCUGAUGCUCCACCAGCUUAUGACAAAAUUGCUGCAGAUCUGUCACCACCGCCUUAUUCACCAUGAUAACAUGAAAGUUGAAACCCUAAAUAUACUGAUUCCAUUUCUUCAUGCUUGCUCUCUAUUUCCUGUAUGUGCUUAACUUUCUUAAAGCUAAAAUCAUACAAAAAACCCCAAGAUAUUUUCAUUAGCAAUUACUGAAAAGUAUUUCCGCUUAACAUAUAGAACUGGUCCUUGAAAUUAAUAAAUCUGAACAUUUUCACUUCUUGCAAUCAGAUUAAUACAUUAUGGUCUGGUCAUCUUGAAUCCUUCAUAGGUCUACAUACAUGUCUAAUAACAAACUAUUCAGUAUCCAUCAGAGUAAAAAGUGACAGAACCUUUGUUUUCAUCUUCCUCAUUUAGUUUCCCUAUAAAAUAAUAAAAAACCAAAACCAACAGCAACAAACCACAAACACAAAAAAACCUCAUACUAAAAACCAAAAACAAGUAAAAAACCCCAGCUAUUCCUUAGAAUGUGAUGUAAAAGAAUCCGUCACAAAAUGAAACAAACCAUUUGACUACGUGUCCUCUUACAGACUAUUUUCCUCACCAGUAGUUUUAAAAUUAACUUCUAAAAAGUGGCUAUGUUUUACAACACACUUUUAUCUCACAUCACUUCUUCAUGUACCUGUAAUGACUUAAUUCCUUAUAAAACACAAUCAGUCUAAGGAAUCUAGGAGAUUCUACUCGGAGUCCAUACUAUUUGAUACUGUGAAUGGAUUUAAUGACAUCACCUUUUGUUUCCUUGUGGCAGACAUGUGAGAGAGCAGAAGAACUCUGUAAAUAUAAUGAUUUUUCAUGUUCUUUCUAAUAUGAUGAAACUAUGUAAGAAAAUGGAUGAAAACCAUGUUUCUUGAAGAAUGCAGAAGACAGCAGACUCCUAGAUGUUAAUUCUCCCAGCUUGUCAUAACACUAUCAGUAAUAAAAAACGAAGAAUUUUGAUAUGCAAUAAAUUGGCUAGAUACAUUUGAUACUUAUUGUUUGAUACAUUUGAUAGUUUAUGUUAUUGCUUGCUUGCCAGAUUACUACUUAAGAUUAUAUGCAGAUCAAUAAAUUUAUACACAAGGCCUGAUAUCUCACAGCAGGAGGUAGCUAAAAUGGUACAACAUUUAUUAAAAGCACAAGUUACAGAAGAAAACUGAUUUCAUAAAGCAAUUGACUGCUAUUUGUAAAGAAUCUAGUUCUUUGUCAUCAAAUAUGCAAAUACAAACAUCUUAAAACAAAAAAAGCUUUCAACAGAAGGCACAGUUAUUUGCCUAACAUAAAAACUCCAUAUAUGUUGAAAAGUAAUGACAGCUUUUUUGAAAGGUUUCUUGUGUAAUAAAAGUGUUUAUACAGAUUACUGAAAUUGUUAGAAAGUAAUAAAUAUCAGUAAUUGCUGUAAAAGGUUAUAAUCUACCCAUAUGUUUUUAUAAAUUCAGUUGAUAUAUUUAUUUAGAAACUUAAAGAUGUAUUUUAACCUAAAAAACUGUUUUACCUGUGUCAUUUCCAAUAUCUGCCUGUCAGGGAAAAAACCUGUGGAAUUAUUUAGCUACAGGAAGAAGAAUGCAUAGGAAAAUAUAAAAAAUGCCAUCUUAUACCUAGUAAGCACUAGAGAUGUAGAACACAAUUUUAUUGCAGGACUGGUAAGCUAAAGCUUGGGGCCAUCUUUAGCAACUCAGCAUUCUGCAUUUCCCUACUCUAGGGCAGCAUCCUUUCAAAAGACUGUGUAGUGCUACAGUGAUAUAGAACUGACGUACACAGCCAUUUUCUUGUGUCUGAGAAAAAAAAUCAAUUAAAAUUAAUAGAGAUUACUUACUAUGAAGAAGUGAAAUGCUUAGAUUUCAAAAAUCUUUACUUGAUGGCACACGUUUUUAGUAGUGUCAGAAUUAAAUAUAUUACCAGAUGUUGCAAAAGCUCACAAGGAAGUUAACACUGAUGAAGUAGAAACAUUAAUUGCUUUGUGGAACUAUAUAAGGUCAAAUUGUUAAAACUCCUCAGCAGACAGAACUGGAACAAUUAAACUUUGAGCUGAAUUUAAAGAUAGUUAAAGGAUAGAUAAGCCCUCUGGGAAACCUGUCCUUAGUUUUCAGAAAGUCUCUCUUUUUUCUCCUGGUGAAAGCAGUAUUUUUACUUUAUAGACACAGUUAGACAGUGGUCUCAGGUUUAAGUGCAUUAAAUUAAGAGCAUGAAACAGAGUUUCACAGAGCACUCAAAUAGUUGUAAAUUUCAUCACUCAUGCUGAAUGCCAUUCUAAAUUCCAUUUUUCAAAUCUGGCUCUAUACCCAGACUCUAUAUGGCAGAGUCUGGCUGCUGACUCAUUUACAAAAAUACAAAAAACAUUGGUAAAAGACAGGUCAGAUCUUGAAAACAAGAGACCUGUAAUUGCCAAAGCUGCAUGAUGCAAGAACUGGUACUUUCUGUAUUACACUUAAUAACCCUGCACUUUACCAAAGACUAGUUAUAACAUUCCAGGACAUCUGCACCUUUAAAGAGAAAUGCACAGAAAUGUUUUAAUUACCGUACAUGGUGAACAUGGUAUAUAGCGUUCAACUUUCCUGGAAAGCCUUUCAGAUUAGACAGUUUUAUGACUCCAGAGUAGCAACUGGUCACCAAAAUUUAGAUUCAUAAUUUCUUUUGUUUGGUCACGUAUGUAAUAGAGAGGAUAUAAAAGUCCAAGACUUUCUGCUCCUCUGGUUUUGCCCUCUUUGCAAUCAGGUUGCUAUCAGAUGCCUUGUAUGACAACUACAAUUUUGAACAAACAUGGUAUUUGUGCUUCAUUUUCUUCCAUCGAAAAAAGCUAAUGAAGAAAUUCAUGGGCAAUUUGAGUUUUUCCCCAGGAUGCUGAUGAAGAGGUGGCUAAUUAUAGCUGGAGAACAAAGCUCUGCUUACUGCUUAUCUGCACUAUCAGAGCAGCAGACACACUGUUACUAAAGCUUAUCUUACAAGAGGAUCUUAGGAACUUCUCCAUAGCUAUGCAUGUAACCCUUAAAUAGACACAACAAAUACUUCAAAAAAAGACCCCCUGCUAAUAUAGUGUGUUUUGGUCAGAUUGGUAAAUUAGAAUGGCAAUAGCAGUUACACUGUCUGUGUUUGGAUUGCUGGUAUGAUCCUGUUGGAUCAUCUACUUUCUAAUGCAGUUAACAGGCCUUAAUGUAGCCUUCAACGCUAUUGAAUAAAGGUAAAAUGCAGCAGGUCCUGAUAAAUUCAACCUUCCUGGCAUACUGCACCAUGUAGCAAAACACUCCCUUGAGCCAAGAGCAAAAGGGAAUAGUCUAUACAUGACAGAUAGUUAUCAUAAAAGAAAGUACCACAAACCUUCCACAGCAAGCAUUGGCUUUUUUAGAGUCUCACCAGUCUAGUAUAAAUGACUGGCAUUUGCAGUUGGUUGCUAGGAGAAUCCAGAGACAUUUACCUCAGCAAUGUCCUUUAGCUUAACUCCUGCUACAACUGGGGAUGUAUGUAUAUUAUCUUGGCCAUAAGAACUGCAUUACUAUUAGCCACAUUGCUUGUAAUUUUUCAGUGAAAUACUUCGAUUAAUGUUUAUGUCUAAUAUUGGUAGAAUAUCCAUUUCUUUGUUGGUGUUAUGUCCAUGUACUCACAUAACAUAAGAGUACAUUCUUUGCCUUUAAAAGCAAACUUCUUUGCACUUCUUAUGUAAAGGAAAAGGUUAAUGAGUUUCUUUGUCUUUGGAGAAGUAGCAUUUAUGCACUUGUACUUUUCUGUUAACUGUGUAUAAAACUGUACAACAAGGUUGAAAGAUUAUUGUGUGUUCAUAUAAUUUCAUUAAACAUAUUUUACUGCCCAUUAGAGCUGAAAAGUA